AUAACAAUGGGUAUUUAAAAUAAUGUGUGUAUGUUGUUGUUAUUUUGUUCCUAAUACCUAAAAGUAUUAGUAUGGUUUAUUAGUGGAGACUAAAUUAAUGUGUCAUAAUCAUUUAAUUUCAUGGUAUUGCAACCAUGGUAUCAGAGAUGCGUCAGGUCAAAUGUUUAUGUCUGUUAAGAGAACCUUUUUUUAAGUUGCCAUUUCUAUUUCAUUUGUUUUGGAUUGUCACAAGUCAGAUUUUUGUGUUUAUUAAUUUAUAUUAUAUUAUACACAAAGGACUGAGCACAAAGGCAACUUCGGCGGGAAAGCAUAUUAAACGGAAGAAAAACUGACGCAAUUGAGGACCGCUGUAAGCAUUAUACUUGACAGUGUGAUGUGCCAGCGAUGAUGAGCGUGGCGUUGCUGCUGCUAGCACUGGCGUGCUCGGUCAUCGACGCAGCCCCUGCGCCACUUUAUGAGAAUCCGGAGGAGGUAGUGAUACCGCAAAAGCGAGCGGCACUAGUGUUGGACCGAAUUCUGAUCGCGCUGCAGAAGGCCCUGCACGAAUCUCCGGCAGAAUCCCACGACGGCCCGCACGCUGCGCCACUGCGCGUUUAUUCCUAUCUCGACUCUAACGACAUGAGCGCCCUACAGCGGCGAGGGCAGGCGGGCGCCGCCGGCCGCGGCCGGGUCCUGCGAUGUUACUUCAACGCAGUCACAUGCUUCUAACACUAUAUAAUAUCAUAUCCAAAUUCUAUAACAUCAUUUACUCUAGCUAAUUGCCUUUAAUUCCCUAACUUACAACUAUUUGAUACGAUUUUCACAAUUCCUUAAGUAAAAUUGAAACGUAAAUAAAUUAUGUUUUCUUGUUAA